AUGGGUAACAAGUUAAAAGGCUCCAAGCGUCCAAACGAGAAUUCAGCUACAAUCCAAAACUCCAAAAAGGCUAAAUUGAAUAGUCAAACACCCAAAGCCACCAAACAAGAACCGGAACCAAAAUCAGAAUCAGAAUCAGAAUCAGAAUCAGGAUCAGAAAACACUAGUGAUGAUUUAUCAGUAAGUGAAGACGAAGACAGCGACGAGGAAGAUGCAUUAGAUGCCUCAGACGAGGACGAGCUAGAUGAUUUGGAUGAGGAAGAGCCACAACAGGAUGUAAACAAUUUGGACGACGAUGUUGAAGUCGGCGAGGACGGGCAAGUCAAGUCUGCUCAAUCUAUUGACAAGAAAACGUCGAGGGAACAACAUUUCGAGCAGAAAAAGCUAUUAAGUGAUAGAAAAUUGCAAAGGAAAUCAGGAGCCAAAGUACAAGAUAUCAAAAAAUUGUGGGAAAAAGUCAGAGUCAACCAACCAGCACCAACAAAAGAACAACGUGAUAAAUUAUGUGACGAAAUAUGGGAGUUAUCCCACGACGUCAUCAAUGAUUUGGUUCUUAAACACGAUGCAUCAAGAGUAGUCCAGACAUUGGUGAAGUAUUCGAGCAAGGAAAGAAGAGACAGGAUUGUUGAAGCUUUGAAGGGAUCAUUCUACCAAUUGGCCACUUCCGCAUAUGGUAAGUAUUUGCUCAUUAAAAUAUUGCAUUACGGAUCCAAAGAAUCCCGAGCAGUCAUUGUCAAUGAGCUACACGGAAAGCUUCGUAAAUUGAUGAGACAUAGAGAAGGUGCUUAUGUGGUUGAAGAUUUAUUUGUUUUAUAUUCAACAGCAGCACAAAAGCAACAAAUGAUUAGAGAAUUUUGGGGGAGCGAAUAUGCUGUGUUUAGAGAUUCGGGAAAGGGGAAAACAGUUGUGGAUAUUAUCAAAGAAUCAUCAGAAAAGAAACAGUUGAUUAUGCAAAACUUGUAUGGUACCAUCAAAGCCUCAGUUGAGAAGGGAUCAACUGGGUUUCAAAUAUUACACGCAGCAAUGAAGGAGUACGUGAGUAUCUUAAUUGAAGAUAUAGAUGCAAAUGACUCUGCUAUUAGAGACUUUAUUGACUUAUUGAGUGAGCAGUUUGCAGAAUUGGUGCACACACAAGAAGGUUCUGAAGUUGCUUGCUACUUAAUUGCAUUGGCGAAUGCCAAGGAAAGAAAAGGGAUAAUCAAGAGCUUGAAAACGCAUAGACAAGAAUUAAUCAAAAAUGAGUAUGGAAAUGUUGUUCUAAUCACAUUGUUUAUGGCUGUUGAUGACACUGUUUUAACCUACAAAUCAUUUUGUAGUGAAAUGUUUACUGUGGAAGAACUCCCUGCAUUAGUUCAGGACAAGUUUUCUAGAAGACCCAUUUUAUACAUAUUAAGAGGCUUGGAUGGCAAGUACUUUGCUCCCAAUGUCAAACAAGCGUUAUUGAAAUACCAGGACUUGGCUUAUCAAAAAACCUCGAAAAAGGACAAAGAAGUUAAAAGGCAAGAGUUGUUUGACAAAUCGAUCGAACCAAUAUACAAGGCAUUAUUGGGAGAGCUUGAUAAUUUGUUGUCAGUGAAUAUUGGUGCACAGUUUGUCACUGAUCUUUUGACAACUCCAACCACCAAUGAAAAAGUAAAUACCAAACUUAGACCAGAAUUGUUGAGCGCACUUUUUGACAAGAUCAUCAAAGGAGACGUGUUGGAAGAUUACCAUUUGCUAAACAAGACUCCCUUCAUGUCGCGAUCGGUGAAAGCAUUAAUGCAUGGUAAUCAAUUCAAGUUUGACAUUGAAACAAAAAAGUUGGUUCAGAUCAAGGAUACUGUAGCUGUGCCAGGAGUUGGUGUCGAGUUUGCUGAAAAAACGGUUGACGAAAUUUUGAACAACGACAAAUUGAGCGACUGGACUAGCGGGCAACCUGCAUUUGUUUUAGUCGCAGCCUACGAGGUUUUACAAUUGACCAACUCAAAAAAGAUCAAGUUAUUACAACAGCAGUUGAAAAAGGAAAGGAAAAACUUGUCGAAAGAUGACAAAGGAUCAAAUCUUUUGUUAGAGAUUAUAUAG